AUGCCUAACCUCUCCCAAGGCCGAGAUCACAAGGAUGCUCGCAUCAUCCACUCCUCAGGCCAGAGCUUCGAGCAGUUGAGGCAGGAGUGCCUGCGGAAGGGCACGCUGUUUGAGGACGCAGACUUCCCGGCCAACAGCUCCUCUCUCUUCUACAGCAAGGAGCCCGAGAGCCCCGUCGUGUGGAAUCGGCCAGGGUUCUGGCAAUACGGCGAGUGGGUAGACGUGGUGAUUGAUGACCGGCUGCCCACCUCCAGGGACCGCUUGAUCUACCUCCGCUCAGCCGACAACAAUGAGUUCUGGGGCGCCCUGCUGGAGAAAGCCUAUGCCAAGUUACAUGGGAGCUAUGAGGCACUCUAUGCGGGCAGCGCCAUUGAGGCUAUGGAAGACUUCACUGGGGGUGUAGCCAAGACCUUCACAACCAAAGAGGCUCCAGAGAACUUCUAUGAGAUUCUAGAGACGGCCUUCAAGAGGGACUCUCUGGUGGGCUGCUCCAUCGUCAAAAGUACUGCAGAGUCCAAAGCCCGGACACCUUUUGGUCUCAUUAAGGGUCAUUGCUACACUGUGACGGGAAUUGAUCAGGUAAACUUCCAAGGCCAGAAAACUGAGCUGAUCAGAGUCCGGAACCCUUGGGGCUUUGGCGAGUGGAACGGGCCCUGGAGCGACAGAUCUUCUGAGUGGGAUUCUGUGGACCCCGCUGAGAAAAAGCGCCUGUGUCAUGCUGCUCUGGACGAUGGAGAAUUCUGGAUGGCAUUUGUGGACUUCAAGGCCCAUUUUGACAAAGUUAUGAUCUGCAACCUCACUCCUGAUGCCCUAGAGGAAGAUGCUCUACGCAAAUGGGAAGUGACAGUCCACCAAGGAAGCUGGGUGUGGGGCUCCACGGCUGGAGGCUCCCGCAAAUUCCUGGAUACCUUUUGGACCAAUCCACAGAUAAAAUUCUCCCUGACUGAGAAAGAUGAGGGGCAGGAGGAAUGCACUUUCCUUGUGGCCCUGAUGCAGAAAGAUCGAAGGAAACGCAAGAGGUUUGGAGCUGAAGAGCUGAAAAUCGGCUACGCUAUUUACCAGUGCCCAAGCAAAGAGGAGCACCUGAGCAAAGACUUCUUCAGAGACCAUGCACCCCGGGCUGAGAGCAAAAGUUUCCUCAAAGAGAGGGAAGUUUCUGACCGGUUCAAACUGCCCCCUGGGGAGUACAUCCUGAUUCCCAGCACUUCUGAGCCCAAUCAGGAAGCAGAUUUCUGCCUGAGGAUCUUUUCAGAGAAGAAGGCCAUUACCCGGGACAUGGAUGGAAAUGUAGACAUUGCCCUUCCUGAGCCUCAGAAGCCAACUUCGCCUGCCUGGGAGACAGAGGAGGAACAGCAGUUCUGGGCCAUGUUUGAACAAAUCGCUGGUGAGGACAUGGAGAUGUCAGCAGAAGAACUCAAAUAUGUUUUAGAUGCUGUGCUGCAAAAGAAUAAGGACAUUCAGUUUAAGAAGCUAAGUCUGAUUUCCUGUAAAAACAUCAUUUCUCUAAUGGACGUAUCCUCAAACGGGAAGCUGGAGUUUGAUGAAUUCAAAGUGUUCUGGGACAAACUAAAGAAGUGGAUUAACCUUUUCCGUCAAUUCCACACUGACAAAUCCGGCACCAUGUCCUCCUACGAGCUGCGGAUCAUCCUGAAAGCCACAGGUAACCAAGCACCUGGAAAGCUCGUCAGCUUUCAGAUCUAA